AUGGAAUCGGAACCAAUUGAUGACUUGCAGAAAAAGAAACUGAUUCUAGAAUCGGGGCUGAUGUCCUUGGGUUUUCGCAUACCACGGCAAUUGAACCAAUUGGCUUCGAAAAAGUUCUCGAGCUGCGAUUUUGAUUUUGGCGUUACAGAGGACAGCCGUGGCCACAGUGGAUUGGAAUCGGUGGAGGUGGAGUGUGACUUGCUUCUGCGAACCAGCUGUUUUGUGCCCCCAAGCCGCACCUGUGCAAGGGUCGAGUGGGCCAAGGUGUCGGUUAUAAAACCUCAGAGCUUUGAUAGCCAUCGUACCCCAUCCACUCAUCACCAGACAUCUUUUGAGAACUACUCGACAAGUCACAUAUUUAUUACACUAUUAAAUACUAUACCAUCACUACCCAAAAACCUACUUAAAUCCAGUAUGAACUUCAACGCUUCAUCUUUCGUGGCCCUUGCCCUUUCUAUGGGUGCCUUCCUUGCCUUCGCGAGCCCUUUACCUCGCCCGGUACUUCCAGAUGGAAAGAAAUGCGCCGGUCUCGGCAACUGCAACACUGCGAACUUGGGAGACUUAGUCAACGUUGAAAACGUAGCCACAGGACCAUUAGGCAUCCUUGUCGCCCCGAUCACCGGACAAGCAUAAUUUCUCUUUAACUGAGACGGUAGUCAUAAACAUGUGUUCUUCAUACAUGUAUUUCUUUUAGUCUUAUGAUAUCGUGCCAAUGGACAACCCACAUCACUGCAUGUGUGCUAUUUUACAAACUAACUUGGUUCAGACCGGAGAGAGUCAGAGUCACAUGACAAUUGAGAGGUCAGAGUCGUUUCAGUUAAACCAGAAACUAUUCUGGGGGAACUCUUUGUGAGGAAGGUAACCUGUCCUCGUUAACCCUCCAAGAUGGCAGGAGAAAGAAUGAUCUGAUAGCUAUUUAUAUUGA